AUGAGCUUCGUCACACGCCGUGGUCUCUCGACCCUCAUCCCUCCCAAGGUCGCUUCUCCUACAGGAAUUGGAGCCGCGCAAGAUGCCGCCCGUAUGGAGCGCAUAGUGGGCUUUUACGAGAAACUGCCCCGCGGUCCAGCACCUGAAAUCAAACCCACUGGCCUGCUCGGACGAUACCAAGCCCGGUAUUUCGGAAAGAACCCCUCUGCGAUGCCAAUUAUCCAUGUCAUUGGUGGACUGAUUCUCUUGGGCUAUAGCAUGGACUAUUAUUUCCAUCUCCGUCACCACAAGAACAAUGUCCAUUAA